AUGAAGAUAGCGCUCGGAACGGUCAACGCGUAUAUAUACGGGUACAUUUCACCGACCGAGCAACAGUACUCUUUCAACCUUCAAAACAUCAAGACUUCAGAAAUCAACACACUCUGCCGUCUAUUGAAGGAUAAGAGGAGAACGACCGACACCGAAGAGGAACGCCGCGACCGCCACAACCGGACACCGCUAGUGAAGACUGCCCCAAGCUCGACCGGUUCAGUCCAGACCAUCGGACGACGACAUAACCAGCCGCCGACAACGCCGACGGAUCAAGACAGUGGAGCGGGGCUGACCCGAUACGAAGCAGCGAUACGAACUCUUGGCUACCAACCAUCGUCCAAGGAGCCGACGACUAUCCUCAAGUCCACCAACCAACCCGGAGUGGAGGAGUCAAAGAGGAGUCAAAGAACCACGCAUCAGCCCGUAUACUCGGUGGAAAUUUAA